CAGAUUAUUUCUUAAGCCCGAAAGUCAUGAGGAGAGCAUCAUUGCUUUCAAAUACUUGUUGGAUGAUCAAAUCCUUAUCAAGACCACAAAAUUAUGUUCAAAGUGCAAGCUAUAUGAAGAUAAAGACACUUCCAAAUUAUGAUGAUAUAGAAUUUCCUGAGAAGAAGAAAUUGCGAUUGGUUGAUAAAACACCCCAACCUGUUAAGAAUACUAACAGUCAUGUAGCAGUACAACAGAGGAGUGAGGCUAAAUACUGCAGAGGACCAGAUGUCAUCAACAACAGGCUUAUAUAUGGGCAAUACGGAGUACAGGCUCUGGAUGGGGGACUGUUAACAGCCAAGCAUUUUGAUGCCUGGCGAUUGUACAUCAAUGCUAAACUUACAAAUGACAUGUUCGCGGAAUGGCGAGUGGAGCCUCCAUGGAAACCAGUGUCAAAAAAGGGUCAAGGAAAGCGUAUGGGGAAGGGGAAAAGCCCCAUUUCACAUUAUGUAACCCCCGUCAAAGCAGACCGUAUCAUUAUGGAAAUCGGUGGAAAAAUUGAAUUAAGACAAGUGUAUAGAAUGCUUCGUCAUGUUGCAAAUCAGUGUCCAUUUCAUGCUAGAAUUGUGAGUGAAGAAAUUCUGAAGAAAGAAGAAGAGCAAGAGAACUGGAUCAGAGAUAAUAAUCUUAAUCCAUUCUCCUAUAAGUACUGUGCCAAAAACAAUUUUCUGGGAAUCAGGAAAGACCUCAGUCCAUAUGAUUUAAUCUUUUUUGGUAAAUACAGGUAGAUUCACUUAAGUCUUAUCUUUAUCUUGUUUAAGAAUAAAACAUUUGUUUUAAAUCACUGAGCAUUUUGCAGAGUGAUGCUGUUUUUUUGCUCUUGGUUUCAGAUAAAAAUGUAACGUGCUUGGUGGAAAGAAAAAUUUUAUUAUUAUAAGUUCAGAAAAUAAAUUAUUUGUAUAAUGAUUAAAGUUAUUUUGCUGUUCAGAUAAUAAUUUAAAAAAAUAAUAAUAAACUUUAUUCAUGUA